UUUUUAUAUGAGGAAAAUUGAAUUGGGCUAUUUUUGUUCAGAAUAUUUUGUCACACUCUAUUAACAAUUGAAUUAUUUAAAUUCUUUCAAGUAUCAACUUCGGGUCAAUGAAAUUUUUGUAUUUUUACAGGGUUAAUUACAUUAAUUUUUCUUGCAAUAAAAAAUUACUUGUAAAAUGAAUUGUGAAUAUUGUGAAUGGAUUGACAAAGUAUUAGUAGAAUAUGAAAAAAAAUUACCACGUAAAAAAAUUAAUAAUAAAAACAAAUAUCAACGAAAACGAAUAUUAGAACCAUUAAUAAUUGUUCAUGGUUUACCAGAUGAACAUUUAAAUGAAAAUGUAAAAACAUCAAUAGAAUUUAUUAAGAAAAUUAUCAUGGAAAAAUAUAAUAAUUUACUUGAAGGAAAAAAAGCUUUUGAUACAGUAGAAUCAAUGAUUUUUGAAAUUGAAAAGUUGAGUGAUUUAUCAAAAGAAUCAUGGCGUGAAACAAUUUUAGUUGAUGAUAAAGGAGACAUUGGUUGUGUAGCUGGAUUAAUAAAAAAUCAUUCACUAAAAUUUGCCAAAGAUAUAUACAACAGAAAAAUAGAUGUUUUACAAAUAAUAAAUAAUUAUGAUGAUGAAAAUUUAAAUGAUAACAUUGAUGAUAAUUUUAAUAUCAAAUCAGGAUGUUGGAGUGUUAUUGUAAGAGAUUUAGAAGAAAAUAUGAGUUGUGGUAGAACAAAUUGAAGAUGAAACAUGUUGUUCAUUAUCAGGAAAUGAUGAAGUAUCAUAUCUUUUUUCAUUGGCAAAAAAAAUUAAUAAAUCAAUUGAUGAACCCCAUAAAUAUACAUCAACAAGUCAAACAAUAAGUGAAUAUACAAAUAAAUUUAAUAAUUUAUCUUGUAUUUAUUUGGGACCAUGUGAAAGACCAAUUAUUAAUAGUCGCUCAAAUAUAUUUCCUUGGUUUUAUUGUUGUAAAAAAAAAAUAUAUUCCGGUAUAAAAAAAGAUGAAUUUAAAAUGGAAUCAA